AAUAAUUUUAAUAGAGCCAUCUAUGUUUAUAUUAUAACAAUAGAAUAUGGCUAAUAUGUUUAAUAACUUUAUCCCUUACAGAUAAUUACCUGGUAAACAGCCUUGAUCUAUUUAAUUAUCUAAUCAGCAAAUUAAUAAAUGUUCCCUAAACUAAAUACUAUGUCCAAAUGUUUGACGCAUUUUCUUGCCAUUUCAUAACUUCCGAGUCAAGGACACGUGUGUAACCUUUAUAUAAUAUUUUCCUAAUCAGAAAAUUGAAAGUGAUGAUAGUGCAAUGUCCGGAUAACAUUAAAUUAAAUGAUCCUGAUAAAAAAUGUCCGACUGGUCACUAGAUUAUGUCGUUCAAGUGGUUUAGUGGGAACGGCACCGCAACGCGUCACGCGACAGUAUGCAAAUCCGACGUUGCGAGGAAAAUGAGCUCCACCAACGUUUUCCAGGGUGAGUUGGACCGAUUCAACGGUGUCACUGUUAAAUCUGACAAGGAAAAUGACAAUGGGGAUUUAGGACACAAACUGCACGAAUCACUUAACACAUGGCGAAAGGAAGGCAAAAGAGGUAUUUGGUUUAAAGUAAAUCUGGCCCAAUCCGACUGGGUUCCAGUUCUGGCCAAGCAUGGUUUUAAAUUCCAUCAUGCCAAAGAAGAUUAUGUGAUGAUGUACAAUUGGCUUCCAACAAACGAAGUCUGCAACAUUCCGCAUUAUGCGCACACAAUGAUUGGAGUUGGAGCUGUGGUCAUAAACGACGCCAACCAAAUUUUAGUCGUAAGCGAGAAAUAUUUUGUUGGAGAUAAACCCCUGUGGAAACUACCUGGUGGUUACGUUGAACCAGGUGAGAAUUUGGUGGAUGCAGCAAUACGAGAAGUCUUUGAAGAAACCAAUAUCAAAACAACAUUCGAAACAGUCCUGACUUUCAGACAUACCCACCACGUGAUGUAUGACUGUUCAGACAUUUAUACAGUGGUGAGCCUCAAGCCGACCACCUACGACAUCGCCAAAUGCGAAAGAGAAAUCCUCGACUGCAAAUGGAUGAACGUUGACCAAUACCUGGAACACCCAAAAGUGCAUGAAUUAAACAGAUUCUUCGUACAAAAGUACUUAGAGUAUAAAAAGAAUGAUUUAAAAAUUGAUUGCUUCCACGGUUUUCAUAUGAUUGUUAAUAAGCCGUAUACCAUUUACCACGUUAUGUCUAGAAAUGAUAAAGAUGAAAAAGUGGAGAAAGAGCAACAUGAGGAAAAAGAGAUUGGUAAUAGUUCUACAGAAGGAACGAAGUAAUGUGAUUUUUAAUAUACCUCAUUGUAAAGAUUUCUAAUAUACCUACAUUUUAUGAAUCA